AUGUUUUAUAUUUCUCUUUUUAUGCUAGAUAUGUGUGAAGUGCCGUUAAAGAUGGACACAAGUUUGGAAUUGAAGGAGUAUGAGACUCGAAUUGAGGAGUUACGAGCUUCAGAGAAACUCCUGGCAGAACUUAACGAAACACUUGGCAUGAAACUUCAAAAAACAGAGGCAUUAAGAGCGCAAAGGGAGCAAGAAUUGCGAGCAAUGGGAAUCGCCCUUCAUGCAAAUGGCGUAUUAACGGGUGUCUUCGCGCCAAAAACUCCAAAUUUGGUCAACUUGAACGAAGAUCCAACAAUGUCUGAAUGUUUGAUAUACUACUUAAAGGAAGGCGAAUCUCUUUUGGGAAAUAUGAAUGAAGGAGACGACCUUGACAUUGGUCUUCUAGGCAAUCUUAUAAAGCCUCAGCAUUGUAUUUUCACCGUGAAAGACAGUAAGUUCUGUCGAGAAAGAAAAGCAAAUGGAACUGAUGACAUGACAACGAGUAUGACAGAAAGCAUGGACUGGACGUAUGCAAUAUGCGAACUACUCGACAAGCAGGGAGUUGAUCUUCGCAAGGAAAUGGACGAAAGGCUUCUUGAAAUGGAAGAGCAAUAUCGUCGGGAGAGGGAGGAAAUUGAUCGACGCUUUGAUGAACAAAGGCGGGAGUACGAGGGGCAAAUCCAGGUAUUGCAAGAAAAAGUGGAACAAUCAAUGCUUAGCUCGAUGGUUCAAGAGGAGUCAACCUCUGAAGAUGAAACGGACACAGUAUGGAGUGCUCGAGAUUUUCAACUGGCUCGAUGGGCAUUUCAACGCUGGAAACACUGUCGAUUCACAACCCGAAGAGAUAUCUUAUGGAACAAUGCUGUGCUGUUGAAAGAAGCCAACGUUAUGAGCGUCGAACUGGAUAAAAAGAUGCAAUACCAGUUUGUCAUGCUGAGUGAUACGCCCUAUACACCUUUGAAGGAUGAAUUGAACGAAAUGCAGCGUCUCAUGGGCCAUGAUGACAACCCCCAUGAUGAAAUCUGGCGAAAUCAAAGUGGACCGGUAGAUCCACUAAAUUCAAGGGGAGUUAUCGCUGUUGAAGCUUUCAAUGCAUCUACUGGUCACAGUUUCAAAUGGAGUCUGCAAACUUUCCAUCAGCGACUAAUCGAUAUGCAGAAAUAUUUCCACGCUGAAGGCGACCUCUCCACUUGCAAUCCCAAUGGAAAUCUUGCAACGAGUAAUGCCUCGCAUUCUACGGAAAAUUUGAAAUCAACAACAAAACUUUCUGAAAAUGAGAACAAUGAGAUGGAAACAGUUGAAUCAGACGGACAGGAAGAAAGUGCUGAAACGGAGGACGAGGAGGAAUACGCAGCUACCAUUGAUCCAUUCUAUGACAAAAUCCCUUGGUUCCAGCCAAUUGGAAGAUGCUUAAUUUACCUAACGAAUCUCUACUUUGACAUGUCGCAUGAGGUGGAGGCACCGUUGAUUAAUCCCAGUGGGGAGCAUGUGGGCUACAUACGUGUGUUGAUUGAAACGCGCAAUGACACAUCACCUCCAAGAUCAUCUGAACCAUCUCCCUUCUUCGGGCCAGCAUCUCAAGGAGGCAAGCGCCAAGGCCAAACCAAACUGCACUUCGAUGAUCUUGAGUAUUUUACUGUUGAGGCCAACGGCGAUGUCUACUCAGACGAUUUUGCAUUUGGCAAGUUCGAACCCAGGCGGACCUUUGAUCCAUUAGCAACUGUGUGCCCUACUGAUUCCCCUACUGAUAUGAACACACCAAAAGUACGUGAAGGUAGAUUCUUCGCAGCAGACAGUACGACAAGUGAAAGUGACGUUGUUACAGAGGAAUGUAGCCGAAGACCAUGGUUGAAUGAGGAAUAUUUGCCCGAUCAUUUUAUAAUCGGUGAGACCUAUUGGUUUAAAGUGACCAUUUUGGGGGUACGUGGAUUGCCCACCAACUAUACCAGUGUAUUUUGUCAAUUUUCAUUACCCGAUAAACCCGCUGAAAUAUACUCAACAGAACCCUCGGAAAAUCCUAAAGGUAAAGAAGAUUUCAACUUUUGUCAGGUUCAAAAGUUUACUGUCACAGUGACUCGCGCUUUCAUUGAUUGCAUAAUGCGUAAGCCACUUCCUUUCGAAGUAUUUGGACACGUUCGACGAAGCAAUGUCGCGAAACAGGCAAAAAGGGAAAACAGCCUGAAUCGUGUAAGACCGAAUCUAUCUUUGAGAAAAGGCCUACCCGCAACUCUUCUCAUACCACCGCCUGUUCCCAUCCGAAACUGCAAUCUUACAAAUUCAACGCAUCUUGGCUCAUUAAUCUACCAAAAUGACCUACUUGUAUGGUUUGAAGUGCUGGAACUCAAUGCGGUUGGCGAAUAUGCAUCGGUUCCGGUUCAAAGAAGUAGUGACUCACCAGGACAGGGCGCAUUUAUGCUUCAUCAAGGUGUUCAGAGACGCUUUGCUGUGACCAUCAUCCAUGAAACAAAUACCAACGAUCCAUCAGCACCUCCUGUUGAAUUUGUUGAUAUACCGAAAGUUGUGGUUGGAAGAGCUCGUGAUACGCCGGAGUUUCACCUUUCUGAUUCACAGACUCGAAUCCUCUCACUGUCUGUCUUCCCGAUAUCCUACUUGCCACCGGCAGGUGAUGAUAGAACAUUUUUCCGCUUCGAGGCCGCAUGGGAUAGUUCAAUGCAUGGUUGCAGUUUCCUCAACCGUGUGACCCCGAAGGGUCACAGUGUCUACAUUACAAUGUCUUGCUACGUGCAACUUAGCUGCUGUUUGGAUCCAAUUUGCAUUACUAAAGAUUUCUCCAUGGUUAUCUUCCCUCGAUCAUCUACUGUGGUCGUUCCUAGACCAAUUCGAUCCUUUAUUGGAUCUUUGCUGAAUCAAGUUGACCUUAAACAUGUUACGGGAAUAUAUGAUCUUCAAUUCUGGAAGAUGCCAAAUCAGGCUGAAAGACACGGCACCCCGCGGCACAUGCCGACCUCAACGUAUGUGCGUGGCGAAGAAAAUAUUCGUGGAUGGAGACCACGAAGCGAUUCUCUCAUUUUAGAGCACCAAAUUGAACUCGAGAGGCUAUCAUUCAUUGAAUCCGUGAGUGUUGAGAAAACAAAGCAAUUCCUAGCAUUGCGAGACGCCAUCAAAACCAACAAGCAGGAUAAUUCACUGGAAAAAUUGGACACAAUGAUUAAACAUCUUCAGGGCAAUCAUCUGUACGAUCUGAACUCACAAUGCAAAUGGUUACCUCCCACUUUCCAGUUGUUAUCAAUGUAA